AUGAAUCGGACAGAGUUUAAUCAGUCUGAUCGCUGUGUGCAUUUCUCCUGUCCAGAGAGAUCUGUAUCUUCUGCAGUUUAUAUCUUACUGUAUGUGUGUUCAGCUGCUGUGGUUCUGCUAACAGUGUGUGGAAAUUUGCUUGUCUUCAUCUCUGUUUUUCACUUUAAGCAGCUUCACACACCAACAAACAUGUAUCUACUCUCUCUGGCUGUGUCGGAUUUUCUCAUUGGCAUCUUUGUAAUGCCACCAAUGUUAAUCUGGUCAAUUGAGUCAUGUUGGAUUUUUGGAAGAGAUUUCUGCACCAUCUACUGGUUAGUAACUAGUUUUCCGUCAAUAUCAACCUACACCAUUGUUCAGAUCUCUGUGGAUCGGUAUUUGGCUCUCUCAAAUCCAUUUCUCUACAUGAACAUUAUCUCUGUAAGAAUUACUUGGGCUGUUGUUGUUUUUAACUGGUGUGUAGUAAUGACAUAUAUGUUAGCACUCCUAUAUUUUAAUGGAAACUUCAAAAGUUCUGUAAUGUGUCCUGGAGAGUGUUUUCUCUCUGCAAAUAACAUUUGGUCUAUAAUUGAUCUUGUAUUUUCCUUUAUAUUUCCACUUUCUCUCAUAAUUAUGUUCUAUACUCUAGUUUUUAUGAUUGCUAAGAAACAUGCCACUGCUAUCAGAGAGCUUAAUAAUCACACACGGCCUAAAUCACAGAAAAUCACCUCACACUCGAUGAAAUCUGAGAGAAAAGCAGCUAAAGUCCUCAGCAUUUUAGUGUCUGUGUUUCUGGUGUGUUUACUUCCAUAUUUUAUGUAUAGUUUAUUAGGCAAUGUUAUCGAAUUACGGUUAGAAAUAGGUCAAAAAGUUUUAAUUACACUUUAUCUAAAUUCCACAAUUAAUCCAUUUAUUUAUGCUCUGUUUUACCCGUGGUUUAGAAAGUGCAUUAAAUUAAUUGUAACUAUGCAAAUAUUCCAAAGAGACUCUGCAUUAAUCAAUAUUCUUUCAUAA